AUGUCCCAAGUACCCGUCGAAGAUGGCGACGUUAACAAACCAGAAGAUCCCGGCGAUCAAUUCCGUUCCCACGACGGUGCUCCCCACCCCAGCCAUGGAGAGAAAGAAGGUGAAGAUGGAGCUGCCGAUGGUGCUGCUGACGGUACUACCACCCAUUCAUCAGGCAAAAGGGAGCUCAAGGAACAUGAGUGUUACGACAGACUGGGAUACUCAUUCCCCUGGUGGAAGAAAUGGGGUAUCAUCACCGUCAUCUUUUGUGUCCAGGUCUCGAUGAAUUGGAAUGCCAGUUUCUAUGCUAGCAGCAUCCAGCUGUAUGCGAAGCAUUUUCACAUCUCCGAGCAGGCAGCGCGUGUUGGACAAAUGAGCUUCCUGAUUGCGUAUGCCUUUGGUUGCGAAUUCUGGGCUCCGUUUAGUGAAGAAUUUGGUCGAUGGCCGGUGCUGCAGAUCAGUCUGUUCCUCGUCAAUAUCUGGCAGCUUCCGUGUGCAUUGGCUCCUAACUUUGGCACCGUUAUCAUCUGUCGUACCCUCGGAGGUCUUUCGUCUGCCGGUGGCUCGGUUACACUCGGCAUCGUUGCUGAUAUGUGGGAGCCAGAGACACAGCAGUGGGCGGUUGCUUAUGUUGUCUUGUCAUCGGUUGCAGGCUCCGUGUUGGCUCCGAUUGUUGGAGGGUUUGUCGCAACAUAUCUGGAUUGGCACUGGAAUUUCUGGAUCCAACUCAUCCUGGGGGGCUUUGUGCAACUUCUUCACUUCCCCAUGCCGGAGACCAGAUGUAGUAUCCUGAUUACACGUGAGGCUCGCCGACGGCGGAAGAACGGUGAGAUGGUCUGGAGCGGCGACGAGCUGAAGAAAAAGCGACUCUCUUUCCGAUACCUCUUCAUGGUAUGGUUACGGCCAUUCAUCAUGUUCCUCCGAGAGCCAAUAGUACUGUGCCUCUCGCUGCUCAGUGGGUUCAGUGAUGCUCUGAUCUUUACUUUCCUACAGUCGUAUACGCCAGUAUACAAGCAAUGGGGAUUUAAUACGGUUGAUAUUGGGCUUUCGUUCAUUCCCAUUCUGGUGGGAUAUCUGCUCGCCUAUGCCUCGUUCAUGCCGUGGAUACAUCGUCAUUGCAGAGUUCAAGAAAGAGACCCAGACGGACUACAGCCUGAAUCAAGACUCUAUUGGCUAUUAUGGGUCGCCCCUUUACUCACAAUCGGACUCUUUGGAUUUUCCUGGACAAGUCUUGGGCCGCCUCAUGUUCAUUGGAUAGCGCCAAUGAUCUUCUCCUGCUUGAUUGCCAUAGCUAACUUCUCCAUCUACAUGGCCACGAUCGACUACAUGAUCGCCUCGUAUGGCCCAUACGCAGCUUCAGCAACAGGCGGCAAUGGAUUUGCACGCGACUUUCUUGCAGGUGUCGCGGCAAUGUACUCAAAACCCAUGUACGAACACAUGGGAAAGACAAACACAUUGGAAUGGCCGUCUACAUUCUUGGCCUUCAUGGCGAUUGUAUUCACAAUCCCUAUUUAUGUCUUUUAUUGGUAUGGACCAAAGAUUCGGGAAAGGUCUCCUUUCGCGCAGACGUUGGCGGCAGACAGGAAGAAGGCUGGAAGGAAAGUUUCUCAGUGUGGCUCUGGCGACCAGGAUCCUGUCCAGCGAUAUCUGUCCGGAAACUCGGCGUGA